GCAUUCAGCAUGUGAUGCAGUCAAUACUCCCAAAACUCUUGAUUUGUUUGUUUGUUUGUUUUUUUACCAAUUCUGUUCCCCAGCCUAUUGGGAAAGGCAAUGGGGUGGGUGGAGGAAGGUGAGCAAAUGACUGUGUGGUCUGAAUUCUGCAGUUGGUAACGAAUGGCUGUUGGUUUAUCGUCAGUAGGUGCGAAUGGAGUCUCAAUACCUGAAGAGUUGCCUGGGAGAUUGCUUGAAAAAGGGACUGGCAGAGGUUGUGGAGCGUCAGCCUGCAGACCCCAUAGAGUACCUGGCACACUGGAUUUACAAUUACAAGAGAAAUCUAGAUGAAGAAAAAAAGAGAACGUUGGAAAGGAUUGAACUGGAAAAAGAACAGCAGGCAGCCCUGGAAGAACUUGAAAUGUUAAAAAAAAUGAAGGAAGAAGAGCUGAUGAUACAGCAGAGAUUUGAAGAACAACGAAAGGAACAAGAACGGGAGAAGUUGAAACUGCAGAAUGAAGAAGAGAAAAUGCAGCUGCAGCAGCAGGAUCCCAAGACGACAGCUGAACUUACAGAUAGAGCAGAAGCACCUAAUUUGUCCAGUGCUGAGGAACUAGAUGAGAAUGGACUGUCUGAGGUUCUUCAAAUACAUUUGUGAAUAUAUUUAUGACUAUACCUAGGAUCAAGUUUUCACAAUUAUUUUGAUUUUGCUAAGAGGUAAAUGUGAUGGAACCUUUAAGUCCUACCUAGCCCUAUUUUUUAUAGUUUUCUGGCAACUGAAUAUUAAAAACUGUACGUGAGGCUUCAGGUCUAUUUUGUGUCCUUAAAUGAAUGAAUUGCAAAAUCACAAGUGCAAAUGAAUCAAAGAACCAUAAAAUAGGUUCCCAUUAAGGGAAGGGACCUUAAAAGCCAUCUAGUUUCAACAACUCUGCCACAGAUGCAGGAUCCCAGAUGGGGCCCACAAGGGUGGAGCAGAAAGGAACUAUCACCUCACUCACUCUGGUGACCACUCCUCUUUUGAUGCAGCCCACGAUGCACUUGGCCUUCUGAGCUGCAAACACACACUGCUGACUGCAUCAAGCUUUUCAUCCACCAGAACCCCCAAGUCCUUCUCCCCACGGUAGCUCUCAGUCAGUUCUCCCAGUCUGUACAGAUACCUGAGAUUGCCCCUACUCUGGCUUUAUUGAACCUCAUUAGGUACAUGUUGGCCCACUUCUCACACUUGUCCAGAUCCCUCUGGAUGGCAUCCCUUACUUAUGUUCCAUCGAAUGCACCACUCAGCUUAGUGUCACCUGCUGAUUUGCAGAGAGUGCACUGGAUAGUGCUGUCCUGGUCAUUGAUAAUGAUGAGGAGUGCUGGUCCCAAGAUGGACCUCUGAGGGGCCUCCACCUGGACAGAGACCACCCUCUGCCAAUGACCACCCGACCAAUUGCUUAUCCACUGAACAGUCCACUCAUCCAAACCAUAGCUUUCCCAUUUAGAGGCAGGAAUGUGAUGCAGGACCGUAUCAAAGGCCUUGCAGCAGUUUAGGUGCAUGAAUCUCUACCACCUUUCCCUUAUCCACUGAUCACAGAAAGCCACCAGAUGGGUGAGGCACAAUCUGCCCUUGGAAGUCAUGUUGGCUCAGAUGACCUUCUCUUGUCACACAUCUUCUGCAUCAUCCA